UGCCUGUCGGAUAAAAAGCGCAGCGGAGAAGCGCGCACAGAUAAAGACGAGCAUCUCUGCUCAGCGCACCGGGGAAUCCAGCUUUUAAUCUCUUUGGAAAGAAAAAGUGGAAUCCCGCCGCCAUGACGGGGAAGGAGGGAGCUGUGCUUUCAGACACCGAGAAUAAACAGAAAUCAGCCUCGCACACCACCGUGAACCACGCCGGCUCCCAGCAGCCGGCCCCGGGCUGGAAGAUGGCCCCCACCGUGCAGCGGCGCACCGGCUUCGGCAUCCAGGAGCUGCUCGGCCUCAACAAGGAGCCGCCGGCGGCGCCGAGGCGGCCGCUGGAGGCUCUGCCGCACAGAGCGCACGUCCUGGCGGCCCGGUCCGCUCUGGGCCACGGCGGGCUCGGGGUCGGCAUGGGUUUGCUGGGACCGGAGGGAAUACACUCGUUUUACAGCCAGCCCGCUUUUCUGGAAGUGCUGUCAGAGGCGCAGAAUGUGCACCUGCAGCCGCUGCACAGGACGGCGCACAUGGACGCACAGAUGGAUGCGCAACACUCCGCCAGCUCCGAUUCCGAUGAUCUGAGCUCCUCCGGCGACCAAAAAUUCUCCAAAUCCUCCAUGAGUCAGAGCAAGAAGAGGAAGAAAAGACGACACAGAACCAUCUUCACGUCCUUUCAGCUGGAGGAGCUGGAGAAAGCCUUCAAUGAAGCUCACUAUCCAGAUGUUUAUGCCAGAGAGAUGCUCUCCAUGAAGACCGAGCUGCCAGAGGACAGAAUACAGGUGUGGUUUCAGAACCGCAGAGCCAAGUGGAGGAAGAGAGAGAAGUGUUGGGGUCGCAGCAGCGUGAUGGCAGAGUACGGUCUGUACGGAGCGAUGGUCCGACACUCCAUCCCCCUGCCGGAGUCCAUCCUCAAGUCAGCCAAGGACGGCAUCACGGACUCCUACGCUCCCUGGCUACUGGGGAUGCACAAGAAGUCUGUUGAAACUACACACCCGUCUCCAGGAAAAGCCGGCAGCCUGACGCCUCCACCUCCACCUGCACCUGCACCUGCACCUGCAGCACUACAGGAGAAAACGGUGGACAAAGUGCUGCAGGAGGAGCAGCAGAAGCAGAGCAAAGACACAAAGUCGCCGAUUUCUAAGGAGGAGCUGAGGGAGAACAGUAUCGCCGCGCUGCGAGCGAAGGCGCAGGAGCACAACGCCAAGAUGCUCGGGACAGUUUCCGACAAAACGACGCACAAAGACGAGGCCGAGGAUCAGGAGACGGAGCAGGAGACGGCAGAAAUGGAGGAGAGUAACUGAAAUGAAUACAGACUGAUGGUGAAAACGCCUGCAGGGCGACGUUUUGAACAUUUCUCACAGGCAGGAGUUUUGUCUUAUUGGUUGAGUUGAACCUUAAUACAUGCAUUUAAACUGCAAUCACACCUCUAAGAAGUUCAUCAACUGAACUGAUCACAUCAUUUCUGCCUGUUUGAUCUAAGAAAUGUACUACCAUUUAAAAGUAUGGGGUCACUUAGAAAUGUCCUUAUUAUUGGAAGAAAAGCAGUUUUUUUCAGUGAAUAUAACAUUAAUCAGAAGUACAGUCUAGACAUUGUUAACCCUUAAAUACACGACUGAUUGGACCCUACAUUCUUCCAUAAGUGGGUUAAAAAUGACUCAUUUAUAAGAAUCAAUGUGUUUUUAUACCAUUUUUGUCAUUUCGUUUAAGAAUAAUAAUUGUUUGUAUUAUAUUUCUGUCCACACAAGAAUGAUGUCAUGUUUGAAAUAUGCUUAUUUUUCACUUUUUAACAGAUUUUGAGCGUUUUCAUAAUUGGAAAAAGAAGAAUAAUACACAGAGCAUCAAUAGAAGAAUGUCAACAUCCAUUAUGUUGACAUUUCUCCACUUUUUCGUCCAACUGCUGCUGCUCUCCAUCCCUCCAAGUUUGUGCAUCACCUCUUGUAUGAUGUUAUCAGUGAUAAAAAGCUUGGGGUAGUAAUACAAAUAUUACAAUUUCUUAAGAAGUAUUAAAGGUAGCUUAAAAAUUUAAAAGGAAUGCUAUGAAAAACAUGUUUUUUGAAGAAUAGCUGGAAAAUGAAAUGAUAAAAACUUUUCAAUGCAAAGAUAUUGCAGGAAAACGACCUCAUUUAUGCAUCUAAGGGUUAAUGUGGUAAAUGACUAUUCUAGCUGGAAACAGCUGAUUUUUAAUGGAAUAUCUCCAUAGGGUUACAGAGGAACAUUUCCAGCAACCAUCACUCCUGUGUUCUAAUGCUACAUUGUGUUAGCUAAUGGUGUUGAAAGGCUAAUUGAUGAUUAGAAAACCCUUGUGCAGUUAUGUUAGCACAUGGAUAAAAGUGGGAGUUUUCAUGGAAAACAUGAAAUUGCCUGAGUGACCCCAAACUUUUGAACCGUAGUGUAAAGUCGACCAAAACUUAAUCCUGUCUGGGUGGAGGCUCAAGCACAGAAACAGAUGUUCUGACAUGGAGCUGCAUUAGAAUAUAUAUAAAUAUAUUUAUUUUCUUUAAGAUGCAGAGUUAACUGUGACAUGGCAGCUUUUAUACGCAAUAAAAGAAACACCUUUAUUUCAGAUAAAUGGAGCCGAGAAGUGGAUUUUUAUCUGCUAAUAAGGAGUGUUUUUUGACGUCUGAUAGAUUAUAAACCGGAAACUCUCACUGGUACGACUACAAAUCCUGUGAAAAAGAAGUUAAAACUGUUUCUUCCGGGUGUACAAACAAUUACGCUGUACAUAUUGAAAAUGUCCAUUAGUCAGUCCUGUACUAUGAUGUAUAGAAAACACCAAUUAUGUUUGUCUCUGUAUAAAUGUAAGUGUAGUCUAAUUAAAAGUUAUACUGAUAUUUAAAAUGCA